GGCAACUCGCUAUCACAGUCGGCUUGUCUGUCGCCGUUCGUUGUGAGUGCCGAUAACGGGAGUCCAGCAGUUAGUCGGCGUGCGCUUGUUUUUCUAAAUAAAAAAAAUAUCUAAAAACCAUAAACCAUGUCGAGCAAGUCGAAGCGGCAAAGGACUGACCAGGCUGCAGGCACAGAAACAGCGAAGCAGAAGAAAGUGAAGGGCAAGAAGCAGUCCGACGCCGGCUAUGGCUCCGGUGAUUUCUCGGGGGGCUGGGAUGUGGAUAGCUACCGCACGGACUACGAGAGCGAGGAGCACUGGGAGCUGCGCCGCAACUUCAUGUUGGCCCACAAGGACACCUACGACGAGGAUCGCCUAGUGUGCUUGGCCCAAACGUUUAUUAACAUGGAGUUUCUGGGUUGCAAGUACCCCUCCGAGACCAUGCACCUCGUGGCUGAAAUGUCUAAGGAGAUCGCCGAGGAGUUCCGGCGGAAGCGGGACCAGCGCCUGAAGCGCACAUUUGUAUCGGCCUCGGACGCGGCGGAGCAGCGCGCCAAAGGGCGCAGGGGCGCAUCCGCAAAGCCGCCACUCGAAGCACAACCCUCAAGAAGGUCCAACCAAGAUUCCCGCCUGUGCUUUGGCGGUGGCGAGCCAAUCAAUCUUUUCGAGGGUCUGCGCUUCGGCCAACUCGUUUUGUUCCUGGCCGGGGGCCGCAGUUGUCUCCGUAACUCCUGCACAGCCAGCAACCUGAAAUACGACGAACGCGCCAGUCUAGAGCACCAGGCAACAGACACCACAAAGAACGCCGAAGUAUUGGUUAACGACCAGGUGAUAGCCACUGGCCAGGGCGAGAAUCUGAAGGUGGCCAAGCAAGCGGCCUUUAAGCAAGCGCUUCUCCUUCUGCAGACACACUGUUACAGCAUAAAGCUUAACGCCUCGCGCCAAACUAUUAAGGUGGAGAAGAGUCAGACCGGCCUGAACAUAAACGUUACCAAAGAGUCGGCCGACAGUCUUGGAGAUCCCAAGUUGGAUGCCAGUAACAAGGGAUAUCGCAUGAUGCGCCUGAUGGGCUGGACAGGUGGCGGCUUGGGAAGCGAAAAGCAAGGACGCGAGGAGCCUGUGGGAUACUUACUGAAGAACAAUCGCACUGGCUUGGGAUCGAAAAAUCAGCAUGGGAAUCUGGCCGAUUACCGCAAACUAAUAGAAAACUACGUUAAUUCAGACGACAUGCGCGACAUGCAGUUUGAGCCAACGUUUUCGAAGGAAGAACGCGCCUCGUUCCACCAGAUGGCUAGCCGAUUGGGAUUGCGUUCCAGUAGCUACGGCACAGGAGAGACCCGAAGACUGCUGAUCACAAAGAAGGUCAGCUACAGUACCAUCCUGACGGAGGUCCUUUCCCGACAGAAUCCAAAGUUUUGCGAUCGCUACUUUGUACAGGUGCCUAUGCAGAAGGCGCACCUGUUUCCUGGCCAUGUCGCCGGCCUGGAACUGGAAAAUAUGUGUGAAUAAUGCUCAGCUCGUAUUAUACUCGUAUAUAAGAAUUUUCUUUACCAUUAUGCUUAAGAGAAAAGUUAUCAAGCUACAAGACAAGUACAAUGAUACAUUUAAAAAGUAAAUAAAAAAUUAGAAAUCAUAAAAACAA